AUGAGCUCGGUCGCGCCGGGACCGGUGCUCGCGACGCCCAUGCGCGACAACCUCGUCGUCAUCCAGCGCAGGUCGCCCGCGCUCUCGCUCCGAAAGUGGGUGCGCCAGGCCUCGUCGCGCGCGAUCCGAAAAAUCAAGCCGGCACCGAUCGCGCUCGGCUGCCUCACUCUGCAGAACCCGGUGCGGCAACUCUGCCUCGCGCUCGUCACGUCCAAGUGGUUUGAGCGCUUCAUCAUGGUGUGUGUUCUCGCCAACACGCUCCUCCUCGGGCUUGUCGACUAUACCAACGCGAUCGACGGCGUGCCCGACCCAACGAACCGCCGCAACAUGCUCAUCGACCACGUCAACGCGAUCUCGCUCUACGUCUUCCUCGUCGAAGCGAGCCUCAAGAUCAUCGCGUACGGCCUCCUCAUGGGCAAAGGCACGUACUUGAGCGACGGCUGGAACCGACUGGACUUUGUCAUCAUCGUCUCGGGCACGUUUUCGCUCGUCUACUCGUCUGCAAAGCUCGGGAUCCUCCGCGUGCUGCGAAUACUUCGGCCGCUCCGCGCACUCCACUCGGUGCCGGGGCUCAAAGUGCUUACGGGGUCGCUUCUCUCGAGUCUACCGGCACUCGGAAACGUGGCCAUCAUCCUCGCGUUCUGCUAUCUCUUCUUUGCCAUCCUCGGCAUGGAGCUCUGGCGCAGCUCAUGGCAUUAUCGAUGUCGCCUCACGCCGUUUCCUGUCCAGCUCAACGCCUCCGUGUGGAACGUCUCGGCCAUGGCUCCAACGAGCAGCUACCUCGCCAGCGUCGUCGCGACGCCGGACGCCUUUCGCUGCCUCUCAAUCGAGAACAACGAGUCGUGGCCGUCGCCCAUGAGCUGUUUUUGGCCCACGGAUCCGGACGAGGAUCAUGGCACGCCGUGGCUGUGCAGCUCGUCGCCUUCGUGGGGACGGCAGUGCGACGCUAAUCGAACGUGCGGCUCCAACUACGAUCCGUUUGGCGCCCCACGCUUCCGAGACCUGCUCCUUCCGAUGCCGUCCGACUACUCGCCGUUCUCGAUCAUGCGCCAGGCCGAAUUCAGCCCCAACCUCAACUUUGGCUUUACGAGCUUUGACAAUGUGUACAGCGUCUUUGUCAUGAUCAUCAUGAUUGUGACGGCGUCCGGCUGGAUGGUGCUCACCGAGACCACCCAAGACGCGGGCGGGGCCGUGGCCGGGUUUGUCUAUUUCAACGCCAUUUUCUUCGUCGCGGGGUGCUUUCUGCUGCAGCUCAACAUGGCCGUCCUCUUUUCCGAAUUUGAAAAAGCCAAGGAGAACCACGCGACCGUCAUGGCCCACCAGCGACGCAUUUCGCUUGCGAGCUACGCCGACAGAACGUCCAGCCGCCAAUUGUUCAAGCGGCCGUCGCUGCGCCUCGCAUCGGGCACCCAUCACCGCAGGCACCAGCACAAGUGGCGUGCGAUCGCCAAGCUGCGGCACCGCGCGGUAACCCUUUUGCAUCGCGUCGCCGCCGUCAGCGCUCAUGGCUCGUUGUAG